AUGGGCGACGGCGCGGCGGCGGCGCGGCCCAACAGGCAGCCCAGGACGCAGAGCGCCCGCAGGGGGCCGGCGAGCGCGCCCCGGGCCGCUCGCGCCUCGGUCAUUGCGCUCCCGGGCCCCGCGCGUCGCCCGGGGGUCGCUGGCUCGGUGCGUGUGGCCGCGUCGCCGCCUGGCUGGCGCCUGCUCCGCCGCGCAGCCUGCCGCUCCGAGGGGCCGCUCGACUCGGUCGCCUCGGCUUUGCCCGGCUCAGCGGCGCAUGGUCCGGCCCCCGCGCCCCUGCCCGCGCCGCCGCCGCCUGUUCUCGCCGGGGCUGGCAGUCCCUUUGUAUGUUUAAAGCCCCAGAUGCGCAGCCUCCAGCCACCGCCGGAGGAAGUCUGGAUGCAGCGGAAACAAGGGAGGGCGGCCGCCAGAUGUGGCCGGCUGGGCUGGGAGGGCGCUGGCAGUGCGAGGAGGGAGGGGGGGCGCACUCAGGCCCGCCCCUCUCCGCCCCACUCCCCCACUCGCCCUCCUCCUCUUUUCUCCUCUCUUUUCCUUUCUCCGCCUCUUUCCAGCCUCCCCCCGCCCCGCCGCCAGCUGCUCCAGGCCUCUGCGUGCACCAUCGGUGCGCGACCUCUCUACCUCCACCCCCCAGUCCGGGCACAAAGCCUAAGGACCCCCUACGGGAAACAUCUGGGGCGACCACUCCAGACGCCUGACGUCCUGAGAGACACACAGCGAGAACUCCCUGGGACCACAGAGGCAGAGACCAGAUGGAGGCAGCUACACGACAAGGAACGAACGCUGCGGAUUGUCAGGGGCACCAGAAGCUGGAAGAGGAAAGCUUUAAUGAACACCGUCCUGUCCUUGGGCACAGCUGCAUCAAGAUAAAGUUUGUACUGAUGAGGAAGGAAGCGGACAAGGUGAGGCCCCAAGCAUAAGAAGAUGCACCAGGGGCGGUAGUGGCAUCCGUGGCUUCCCAGGACCCUGCCCUCCCGCUCGUGUAGCUGCCCCUUAAUUGUCCUCUGGGGAGCCUCCUCUCCCCAGCUCUUGGUCCCUGAGGUUCAGGGGAUGUGACCUGCCUUCUGGCUCCUUGCUCCAUGUGACCCAAGCCUGGCUAAGAAGCGGAUCCAGUGCUGCUGGCUAGGUGACGGUUCAGAGAUGGGCUGGUGAGUCCAUGGGAGCCAGUGAAAAUCAAUGCCGAGACUUUCGCUGGGGGGUCUGGGACGCAGCCGUCACUGUCAGCUAUAAACGAAGUCAGUGGAGUUGCCCUUAAGGGCAGAGGCUUCCUGAGAUGAAGCGACACCAAGAAGAGCAGAAAGGGCGACACUCAGCUCCUACGAGGGCAGCUGAAUUCCUGGAUCCAGCCCUGCCUGCAGCCAGAGUAUCCUUGUCACCCACUGAUUGCCCCAGGAGCUCAAGGAUGGGUUCGGAAGCAUUUAACUGUUUUUCCAAAUUGUUCUUUCUCCUUUUGUCAUGUUAAGGAAUGCAACCACCAACCACCCUGAAUCAGACCAGCCUCAGCACGAGAGCUCCACCCAUGACCUUGGCCUUAUUUUUAACGCUGAGAUCCUUCCAGGAGGAGCUUAGGCCUUAUUACUGUCACCUGCAGAGGAUGUGGAAGCGAAUGCCUGCCUCUCCCUUUGGAAUAUUCAUUCCCCAUCUGAAAUAAAUGUCCCUGCUUCCCUUUGUUGGGGGACACCGUGACUCUGGAAAUGAUUCUUCCUGGUCCCCUAUUUGCCACAAAUACACUUCACUUGGUGAGACAACCUCUUCUGGUGGACUGUCUGAUUUCACUCGCGAGGAGCGAAGCCGCCUUGGUUUCGGUAACAUCCUGAGCUUUUUAGUUUGCGAGCCAAUACAUCCCCUCCUCCCAACUCUGUGUUUUGUUUGUCUUGCUCAAGCCUGUUUGGCUUGAAUUUCUGUCACCUGCAACCUGAGCCUCCAGCCUGAUGUGGUGAAAGACGCAGCUGAGAAGCCAGGACCAGUCAGCCUCUGCUGAGGGCAUGCCCUCCCUCGAGUAGUCUCUGCCUCACGUCUCACGGAGCCCUGAGGAGCACUCGGGGGGGCACACAUGUGCCAGCACUCAGAGUCCCAGAGGAGCAGAGGUGGGA